AUGAAGGUGGGGCUAGAUAUUGUUAACGCCCACUUUAAAAUGGCUGACCUUGAAGAUGUAGAUUUAGAGGAAGAAGAGGAAAAUAUCCCUCCAUCAGAACAUGGUGAAACCACAGAGGCCGAGAAUGAGGUUAUACAUUACUGGGAAGGACUUGAAGAAGGAGUCCUGUCGCAUCCUGCUCGUCUUCAGCUCCAGUGUCUCCUGUACAUAAUAGGACACAUCAGUACUGAUGAUGAUGAUUUUACUAAUGCUUUGGGCUUACUCCCUCGUUGGGUACGCACUCAGUUAUUGCUCCUAUUACCAGCAGUAGAUGUGGUUAAGUUAGAAGAUACACCAGUGACGGAUGGUAUAUCUAUGAAUGAAAUUUGGAACACAAUAUUCAAGAAUAGACUCCCUCUGUAUAAAAAGAAAGACGUAAGACGUGAAAAUGGGAAUUGUUUUUGCUCAUUGAAUGAUUUUCAUGAUGCUGGUGUAGAGUCUAUCUCUUGGAAGGAAGCGUAUUUCAACAAUGUGUUCUUUUUCUCUCAAUUUUACAAUCGUAUGACAUCACUCGAGUAUGAAGAUUGUUCUUGUGUUUAUGCUCAUUUCUUACCCGACCUGUUUUAUGGCAUAGGAUCAUUUUAUAAUGAUCCACCUCCUCCAGAGAUUGAGUCACAGCUCUAUCAGUGCUUCAGUAAAGAGUCCACACUCAGCAUUCAUGAUGUUAGUCGCUGUGUACACAGAUGUCCUCGUCUUACUCCAGAGAGGUAUUAUGACAAAUUCACAAGCCCUAUUCAUUCUCCUCGAUGGGGAAAAGGGUUUUACAUGUCAUUCAUUGAUGUCGUUAAUGAAAUGGCUGAUCGUAAUAUUUCUUUGAAGCAUUUUGUUAUUUCUAAAGUACACUUUGCUCAUUUUCCCUUCGAAAACGCAUCAAGAUUUCUGAAUCAGCUUUCAAGGUUAUUUUCUUCAGUGGAAGUAAUUGAAAUUUAUGGAAUUGAGGAAAAAGUUUUUGGAACAAUGGAACUAACUCCAGAAUUUAUUAAGAUGGUUCUUGAAAAGAUUUCACUGCAUAACAAGUGCUCCAUUAGAGCAAUGAAAGUUUACAGCAACAAAAUUGAUGCUGUUUUUCCUUUUAUGACUAAGUCACCACAAUGCCUACUAAAGCAGCUUGAAAUUGCUUUAAUUGUUGAUAAUAAAGUAUCAUCACCAGUUGGACAAGCAUCACCUCCGACUAUUCCUUCACAUGGAGGGAUUCUUCAAACAGGAGUAUUUCCCACUCCAGCAGUUGGACUUUCUGCUUCAAUGAUUUUAGGUCCUCAAGCUAGAGUUCCUGUUCCUAUUCCACAAGUUGGACUUUCUGCUCCAAUGAUUUUAGGUCCUCAAGCUGGAGUUCCUGUUCCUAUUCCACAAGUUGGACUUUCUGCUCCAAUAAUUUCAGGUCCUCAAGCUGAAGUUCCUGCUCCUAUUGUUAGCAAUCUUCCUGCUGACUUCCCUCCUUCUGUAUGGCCACAAGCUGUUGAUUCCCCUGCUCUAGUUGGAAGUCCUAUGCCUCCUCUUGGCAUUGGAAGUCCAGCUAAUAUUUUACCUUUUGGUGGAGGAAUGGCUUCUCAUGCUUCACUGACUCCAAGCAGUUUCAAUUUCUGCUUUAAUCCUCGACAAACGCACCAUGUUUCAAUUAAUGAGGCCAUUACUCGUUCAAUAGAUGAUAUUUUAAAGCAUCAGCAACAGAUAGAGUCGUUUACUUUUCUUUUGAAAUCUCUGAGUGAUUAUAAAAUAGAAAAUGGCGAGCUUUUCCAGUGUAUUGCUGACCUCCUGUAUCGACCUGCUCUUAAGAAACUUUAUGUAUGUUUUGAACAUAAAAUAGAAGCUUCAUCUGAUAUUGCUUUGUGUUUAAUUCGUAUGUUCUUCUCUUCUCCCAAUCCAGUAAGUUUGGCCUUAAACCUCAAUUGCCCUGAUUUAUCUGCCAUAGCUGAUCCCCUGACAGUUGAUCAGAGUCAAUCAACCAACAAGUCACUGGAACUACUUAAAUGUUGUUUCUCUUCCAAUCUCUCUUCUUUAUUUCCUUCCAAUCUAGUCUUAAAGUCACUUAAACUUCAUUCAUGCAGUUCAGCCACCAUUUGUUCAUUUGCAGACCUGGAAUCGAUCACAUUAGACCAUUUUUCAUUACAUGACCAUGUAACUCAAAACAACAUAUCUACAAUGUCUUCAUUGUUUCGUAUUGUCAAUGCACAAAAGUGGGAUCUCUCGAUCAGUUUAGAUGAUGACAGUGACACUGUUGAUAUGUUUAUUGGCAUGCUGUCUAAAAUAUCUCAUCUUCUAUGUAACUUUUGCCUGAAAAAUCCUUUUUCGCAGUUGGAUAGACCAGUCUCCAUCUACAAAUGCGUGUUUCAAUCUCUCUCAUUGGCUUCUACGUCUUCCUUUGAAUUGUCGUUCAACAGUUAUGUUCUCAAUGAUAUUGUUAUUAAAGCUAUAUGUAAGGCAUGGGAGGAUUGUGGUGCAGUUAAGCUGAAAAAGAUUAUUGUGCAUUGUGGAAGUGAUAAUGAUGACAUUACACCUAGUUGUAUGAAUAUUUUAUUAGAUAUGGCAAAUGAAGUAGUUAAACUUUAAUAUGUGCUUUGUUUUUGUAUGCUACCCAUAAUACUACAAUUACAAUUGCUAGUUUGUAUCACAAUAAUUUAGUUUUGCAAUUAAAGUUUGUUCUUUGAACUACCGAUUCAAGCCAAAAAAU